AUGACAGAAAGACCUGCCCACAAGCGCUCCAAGAGUGCUCGAGUUCUCAACCUCCUCCGCAGCGACAACCUUCCUCGAGAAAACGGCUCAGAUACCGAGUCGCCCGUGACCACAACCACCUCCACUACUGGCCCUUUCUCCUCAACAUCUCCUGUGGAUGGCCCGAGAUUGAGUCCAUUGUCACCGACUACCACCAGAAACUCUCAGCUGGCCAUGGACUCUGGCGAAUAUUCGAAGGAGGCAGACUCGUCGCAUCACCUGCACCCUGUCCCCUCAGGCAUUUCGUCCGGCCAGAGUGGCUCGAUUGAGGACUCUGUUCGCACGUUUCGAGUCUUUGAAAUCCUCCGAGGCAAAGACAGUGCUGCCAUCUCGAGAGCAAUCAACGAAUCCAUACCGUCAUCUUCCAAUCCCCAACCCAUUCCCGGCACCACUAUACUCCAUCUAGCUAUCCAAUGCGCAGAACCUCAGGUGGUUGAACAUGUUAUAAGAGAAGGGAAAGGCCUUGAUGUCAAUGCACAGGACAAGGAGGGAAAUACUGCUUUACAUUUGGCUGCUCAGCUCGGCCGCGCACCUAUUGUCCGAGACCUCCUUGAGAUACCUGACAUCAACGAUGCCAUCGCGAACAGGCAAGGAAAGCUCCCCAUUGAUCUCGCGCGAACUCCAGAGAUCUUCCAACAGCUCCAGUUAGCUCGUUCAAUCUUCCUGGAUGACAAGAUCAAGGAAAUACACGCUGCGUUGAUCCAAGGUGAUUACAAGAAGUUCGAGGCCAUCUUGAUGGAGCCUCGAGUCGAGGGCACUCUUGAUGUGAACGCGUUGGAGUUACCGACUGAGCCUGCAACAGUUCAGAGCGGUGGCACACUGCUGCACGAAGCUGCACGCAAGAAGGAUAUCCAGUUGGCGCAAAUCUUACUGCUGCAUGGGGCAGAUCCCUUUCGCAGGGACCGUAAAGGGAGACUCCCGCAGCACGUAACACAAGACGAUCGCACAAAGGCCAUCUUAAAGAAGUCACCCGCGGCCGCCGCUGCCCAGCGAGGAAUACAGGAAAAGGCAAUUCUCGGGAAUCAUCCGUUGCAAGCUAGGUCCGGAACUGGCCACAGCGACACGAGUAGAGACGCACGAGAAAUGAAAGGAUAUCUCAAGAAAUGGACCAAUUAUACGAGUGGAUAUAAACUACGCUGGUUUGUUCUGGAAGAAGGAGUUCUCAGCUAUUACAAGCAUCAAGAUGACGCUGGCUCAGCCUGUCGAGGAGCUAUCAACAUGCGCAUCGCAAAACUUCACAUGGAUCCGCAGGACAAGACCAGAUUCGAGAUUCACGGCAAGUCGUCAGUCAAGUACCAUCUAAAGGCCAAUCAUGUCGUCGAGGCAAAAAGAUGGUUCUGGGCUCUCAAUAAUGCCAUCCAGUUCACAAAGGAUGAAGCAAAAGAAGAGGAGAAAAGGCGUACUUUAGACACCGAAAGCCUUCGGCAUGCCCGAACCGAUACAUCUGACACCCUCAGCGCGACAGUCAGCAGACCGAAAAACGCUGCACAGUCGCUGGGAGUGGCAGCAAGCUCCUCCAAGGUAAGCUUUCGUUCCGAUGCGGAAGGCGGAUCGGCAUACGACUCCUACGAUGCGAGCGUUCAAGGCGAGGAUCUUCAGAGAGUGCCUACCAACGCUGUGAAUAUUGAUGCAGAAGAGGAUGCCGAUGGAGAUGAUGCUAGCAGUCGUGAAGUCCAACAACCGGGAAGUAAAGACGCAUUCAAUAUCACUGCACAAUCUGCCAAGUUGCAACUCGAUCUUCUAGCACGAGUCUCUGAUGCCUUGGUCGCUCGGCAGUCGUCUCAAGCGGAAACAACCCUAUCCGAUCCAGAUGUCUCGCAGGCUCUUCUUACUUAUCAAACGGCGGUGAACAGCCUCAAUGGCUUGGUUGCGGACUUGCUGAAGAUUGCUCGAGAUCGUGAUGCUUACUGGCAAUAUCGCCUAGACCGAGACGCUGAUGCUCGCAGAAUGUGGGAAGAAAGCAUGGCGAAGAUUGCUUAUGAGCACGAAGAUCUUAAAAGGUCGAUCGCCGAGUCAGAGGACAAGCGCAAGCGAACAAAGCGGGCCUUGAAGGAGGCUCUCGAAGGGCAAUCGGUGCCUGCAAGCCGCCCGGGUUCAAUGGUUCAACAAGAAUCUCCGGACCAUGUCCAAUUCACGGAAGCGAUUGACAAUCAACUGGACCUUCGGGCAGAAGCUCAAAUCUCAACAAGAGUACGCCGAAAAUCUGUCACAAGAGAUGGCAACAGACGGAAAUCCAUCAUUGCGCAGCUUACAAAUCUCUCCGAUUCUGAGUCUGGGGAUGAUGAGGAAUUCUUCGACGCUAUUGACGAAGGCAAGGUAGAAGUGGUCGAGCCACCUCUUCUCAGUCCUCUCCCGGUGCACGUCCCAUCAAUGUUGGAAGAAGAAAAAGAGCCCUUCGCAGACGAAAGAGCCAGAAAACAAAUGGAAAUUGAGCCCUCUUACGUCGGAUAUGAAGACGGGGUUCGCGAGAGACUGAAAUUAGAUGCCGACAAUCGUCCGAAGAUUUCUCUCUGGGGCAUUCUCAAGUCCAUGAUAGGCAAGGAUAUGACCAAGAUGACUCUGCCUGUCUCCUUCAAUGAGCCAACCUCUCUUCUCCAGCGUGUUGCCGAAGACAUGGAAUAUGCGGAUCUCCUCGACAUUGCAGCAGAUCGCCCGGACGCUACUGAGCGGCUUGUGUAUGUUGCCGCAUUCGCAGCCUCGGAAUACGCCAGCACAAUCGGUCGUGUUGCAAAGCCCUUCAACCCUCUGUUAGGCGAGACGUAUGAGUAUGUUCGUCCCGACAAAGGAUAUCGAUUCUUCAUAGAGCAAGUCAGCCACCAUCCUCCCGUUGGUGCUGCGUAUGCGGAAUCUGCUCGCUGGGACUACUGGGGCGAAUCCGCUGUCAGGUCGAAGUUCUACGGCAAAUCAUUCGACAUCAACCCAUUGGGCACCUGGUUCUUGCACCUUCGCCCUUCAGAUGGUGGUCCUACGGAGCUAUACACUUGGAAGAAGGUUACAAGUUCUGUCGUGGGCAUCAUUACUGGAAACCCUACAGUGGAUAAUUAUGGUACCAUGGAGAUCAAGAACUGGACAACGGGCGAAGUCUGCGUCCUUGACUUCAAACAACGCGGAUGGAAGGCCAGUUCCGCGUACCAAGUCUUUGGCAAAGUCAUGGACGUCGAUGGCGUCACGAAAUGGAGUAUUGGCGGGAGAUGGAACGAGAAAAUAUACGCCCGGGUCACGGAAGGAUUUGAGGACGAAGCAGUAGGAGAAGGUCGCUUCCACCCCGGCAUAGGAAGGGCAACUCAAUCCGACAGACAACAGGCCUUCCUUGUCUGGGAAGCACAUCAUCGUCCGCAGGGAAUACCUUUCAACCUUACCCCGUUUGUAGUAACGUUGAAUGCCGUCAGCGACUCAUUGCGUCCACACCUCCCUCCUACCGACACGCGUCUGCGGCCCGACCAACGCGCCAUGGAGGACGGUGAGUACGAUUUCGCGGCGACAGAGAAGAAUCGUGUCGAAGAGAAACAACGUGCAGCGCGUCGUCAACGUGAAGCCGCAGGUGAAGAAUGGAGACCCAAGUGGUUCGAGAAAAGGGUCCAUCCAAUCACUGGGGAAGCUUAUUGGGACCAUAACGGAUUAUACUGGAGAAAGAGGGCGGAGAGAGAUUGGGCAAUGUGUGAUGACAUAUUUUAG